GAGGAGAGAGAAACUAAAGCAACGGCGUGCAGUGCAGCGUAUUUUGUUUGAACUCUGACGCACUCUUUCCAUUUAUAAUACCUUCAAAUCUCGAUCACCAAACCCUAACCCUCACUUUCCUAUAAACUUCCGCCAUCUCAAUUUUCCCCUCAACAACCGCUUCCAAUAUUCUCUCUCUUCGAUCUAACCUAAAAAUUGUGUUUUUUUUCUUCAAUUGAUUUGGGGCAAACACAACUAAUUUCAAGACGACUUCCAUAAGCAAAAUUUCUCAAAACUUCGAAUCUCAAUUUGUUGUGAAUGGUGGAAAUCUCAAGUAAUUUCAUGCGAUCUUCCCCCUUCCUCUUCACAAGGGGGAUCUUCGUUCUUUCUCUCUCCUCUGCUUCUGCAUUUGCUUUCGGCUCUUGCAUGGAAGGCUGGUACUACCGCUGCCUUGGCCUUGACCCUUAAACAAUUCUUUCAUUCAGAUUUCAAAUCAAUCACUAAAUCGAAUUAAUUUCUCGUAGAUCCGAACAAAAGAAUUUGAAUUUAUUGUUUGAAUUUUUUAAAGCGAAAAACAGAUUUUAAGAAAAGAAAAAAGAACAAAAAAAAAUGUUGCUAAGCAAGCAAAAAAAGGCGCAAAAUUCAAAGGGUAAUCGCUUGUUGAUUACUGUCAACGUUCUUGGAAGCGCGGGGCCGUUGAGGUUUGUUGUGAAUGAAAAGGAAAUUGUGGCUGCUGUUAUUGAUAUGGCGUUGAAAUCUUAUGCUCGUGAGGGUCGUCUUCCUGUUCUUGGCUCCAAUUUUAAUGAUUUUCAACUUUACUGUCCUACUGCUGGAUCUGAUGCUUUAAGUCCACUCCAGACAAUUGGAGUUCAUGGUGCCCGGAACUUUCUUCUGUGCAGGAAGCCACAACCUCAGGAAGCUGCAAAUGUUGAGGUUAAGGCUGAGGCUGCUAUUACACGCAGAGGGAAUGGAAGCUGGAAGUCAUGGAUCAAUAAGACGCUCAUUCUAAAAAUCGCCUCACAUUAAAAGAUUGAAUUUCAUUUUUCUCUGGGUUGCAAUGGUAGAUGAUUAUGUGGUUGCCAGUGCUGUCAGAGAUUUAGUUAUCGCUUUUCUUAUGAUUUAUACAGCCCUUACAUUGGUUGGAAUCAAGGAUUAUUUGAUCAUUGGUAUAUUAUCUUUUUUUUCUUUUUGAAAUCAAGAGAAGCCGUUGAUUGGAACUAUUAAUAUUUCCUGCUGUAUUUUGAUGCAAUUGAGUUUUACAUGUCUUAAUUGUGGAUCUCUAAGAAUUCAAUGAAAUUUAUCUAUUUACCUUGUA